AUGAGCGCGAACCUGGACUUACUCCCCACCGAACUUGUCGAACAUGUUUGCAACACCUUGGAGACAACAGAUAUUUCCCGUCUACGUCUGGUCUGUCGACAGUUAUCCGAGAAGGCGAGCCGAUCACUUGAGCAUGCCUGCUUCAAAUCAGUUUCAACAUCAUUAUUUCCGGAAUCUCUGAAUCGUGUCCGUCAGAUCUUGCAGCACGAACGAGCCAAUCAAAUCAUACGAAGCUUUACCAUUUCAGUACCCCGCAGUUUUCCAUGUGAAGAAGCAUGCUCAGAGCAUUUCCAGCUGGUCCAAACCCAAGGUCGCGACAACUUGCCCCUAGGUAUUUUGCAACGCCUGCCAGGGAAUUGUAGGAAGGCACUUUUCUCAGCAGAAGCAAACAAAGCUUUGCGCGAGCUCUUCACUGACGGCAGCCUCCCCAACUGUCGCUCGUUCACCAUUAAGGGCACCUGCGAUGACGAAACCUUUUUCCCCACCAUCCACGGUAGUGCAACGGACGCCCUGCUCGCCCUGUUAUCUCAUGUUUCCGAAUCUCGUAGGCCGAUAGAAGCUUUCACCCUAGAGCUCCUUCACGAUGAAGCUGGUGCCCUGGACCCGGUACGAAUACCAGCAAGUUGUUAUCGCAACCCGGGAUUUACGGAAGCCUGGGGUGGCAAUCUUCGGGAACUUUGCCUUAGCUUCUGGGAUGACCGAAAUCUGGACCCUAUAAUCGGGUUGAUAGCAUCCGCUGUAAAUCUUACAAAACUCGAGUUGCGCACAACGACAUAUACCGGCUUCGAUAAAAUUUUGAACGGCAUUUACGCUUAUAAUCAGUCCUGGGAGCCGCCGCUUCGCCAACUAAAACUACAAAGAUUUAAAGACGUUAAUCCAGGUGGCUUUUUGACAUUUCUUCUGUCUUUCAGGGAGACACUACAAGGAAUCUCUCUCUCGUACAUGACUCUCAACUCGGGAAGCUGGCAUCAAACCUUGUUUACCUUGCUUCAUUGUCACCUGCAUCUGGACAGCAUUUACUUUCUCCUGCUGUGCGAGACGUAUCCUGAUCUCAAUUACAGGGUUAGAUUUUGCCCGGUGGAGAGUGAAGACCUUCCGACCAAUGUCCCGCUGAACCUCGACAGCUGGAGGCAUAUAUCCAAGAACUUGGUCAUAGGAGCGAAAGGCCUGAGGUAUGAGGGACCUGAGGUCGCCGCCGUCUUGAGGUAUUUGCUCAGCACUAGCCAUGUUUACGAUCCUCACCGAAGCAUAAAGAAAUCCUGGACGGAAUUGAGAGGAAGCGAGGAUUGAGGGCUGACGCGUGCUGGGGCUAAAGUGGAUGGAAGUUUGUUUAUCAGGGCUAGUUUAUGAGAGGACACAUGGCACUUCUUUG